UGGGGAGGAGUGGAGGCGGGAGCGAAGUCUCGCGAGAAGAGGUGGUUGCCUUAGCGGAGCCCUCUGGUUGUGUGUCUGCGGUGCCGCCGCUGUAGUCGCGGACGGUUUGCCGAGCCCGUUAGUGCUCCAGGUCGAGAGUGACGCCGCCGUCAUGUCCCGCUAUCUGCGCCCCCCUAACACGUCUCUGUUCGUCAGGAAUGUGGCCGACGACACUAGGUCUGAAGAUUUACGGCGUGAAUUUGGCCGCUAUGGUCCAAUAGUUGAUGUCUAUGUUCCACUUGAUUUCUACACGAGACGACCAAGAGGAUUUGCUUAUGUUCAAUUUGAGGAUGUUCGUGAUGCUGAAGAUGCUUUACAUAAUUUGGACAGAAAAUGGAUUUGUGGACGUCAGAUCGAAAUACAGUUUGCACAAGGGGAUCGGAAGACACCAAAUCAAAUGAAAGCCAAGGAAGGAAGGAAUGUGUACAGUUCUUCACGUUAUGAUGAUUAUGACAGAUACAGACGUUCUAGGAGCCGGAGUUAUGAAAGGAGGAGAUCAAGAAGUCGAUCUUUUGAUUACAACUAUAGAAGAUCUUAUAGUCCUAGAAACAGUAGACCGACUGGAAGACCACGACGUAGCAGAAGCCAUUCCGACAAUGAUAGAUUCAAACACCGAAAUCGAUCUUUUUCAAGAUCUAAAUCCAAUUCAAGAUCACGGUCCAAGUCCCAGCCCAAGAAAGAAAUGAAGGCUAAAUCACGUUCUAGACCAAACUGCAGCUGGAAUACCCAGUACAGUUCUGCUUACUACACUUCAAGAAAGAUCUGAAAGCGGAAAAAGAACCAAAGAAGGGCAGUUCAAGCGACCAAAGGGUGGGUGGAAGGUGCUGCAGUAUGAAUACUGUACGAAUAUUUUGACUGGUAUGAAAAGAUAAAAGAAUUAUCGAAAACUACAUGGAAUAAUUGAAGUCCCUUCAAGUUUGAAAGUAAGCAUUUUAGGACAAAUAAAAGGAAAUUCAAUUUUGUACUUGUGGAAACUAAUCCCUAAAUAUGAACAGGUUUAUAUUGAUUCAUGGGUAACAGGUCCAUAAUUUAUUGAAAACUAGGAUGUCUGAGUAUCAAGGAAGACAGCCAUAGUUUCUUACAGUGCCUCUAUUGGUCUGUCUCAAACUGAAUUGGGUGGGAAAAGGUAUGGUCCAAUGUAAACUUUCUUGGUUAUAUUUCUUAAGUCAUUUCCAUUUAUGCCAUUUUUGGCAGAUCUUGCCUUUGUUUAUUCUGGUGCCAGUGUUUUCUGCUUAAUUGUUUGCUUUGUUGGCAUCUGAGUUUAUUUACUUGUAUACCACAUACAGUUUACAUCACCUUUAACCACUCGCUUUCCCAGGUAUAUUCCAAUUAUACUUGACAUGCAGCUGAGAGGGCCCAUCUCUCCUCACCUCUUUCCUAGUCAGUAUGUCAGCAAAUAUUUAAUUGAGCCCUUACUAUGGGCAAAACAUUGCACGAGAUAACUGGGGAAAAGAAUAAGUAGUAUUUCCUUUAUUCCAUAAAUGUCUACUGAGCACAAUGUAAUGAAUCACUGCAAUAUGGCCUUACUGUUUUGAGGUGUAUUACACAAUAUUUUGCACCACUCAUACCAUAAUGUAAUUAUAAAUCCAAUAUUCUAUUGCAGAUAACUAAUUUUAUGGUUACCUACCAUUUAAAAAAUAUCCAGUAUUUUAUUUGCAUCCCAUUAAUAUGAAUAAUGAAAAAAAUGUUUUAAUCUGUAAUGAAUUGAUUUACUGUGCUGUGACUGUAAUAUACUAGAGUUAUAUUAAUUGUUAACUCUGCUUCAAUCACACACAUAAUAGGAAAAAAAUCCCCAAAAUAAGUAUUUAAUUUUGCAUUAGAUAUUCAAGAGACCCUGGGUGCUAUGGUUAGAUAAUUUGGGGGAAGACAACUGUUAUCCCAUCUGAUUUAGUAUGUUCUGUAAUUGAGAAAAUGUUUGCCAGAUUAUACUCUUCAGUGAUUUACAUGUACAUUUUAUAGGGGACGUGUUCUGUGUAUAGUGAAUAAAUAAUUUUUAUAGUGUUACAAAAUGCUCUGGGUUCCUUAGUUCCUUGUUAGGAUUUGAGGUUUAUCAUACAAUGAUUCCAUCUCAUUUGAGUUUUGUCACAUUUCUGCUACGUAUUUAAAACUUUCUGUUAAAGUUAUCUAAAAUCUAUAAAUGAAGUUUAAGCUUUUAAUUUACAACACUUUCAAAAGUAUAGUAGAAUGCACGAAACUAAAGGGAGGUGUAAAAUGGAGGUAUUUGUAUCCUCGUUAAAAAAAUUUCUAACUGCCCAGGGUCCCACAAGUGGUAAAUACUAGAUUAGGGUCCAUAAAGUCUGCUUCAUUUUUCUUUUUAAUCAAGUUGGACAAUGUUUUGUAGCUUUAUUUUCAUGGAGAUAAUAAAGCUGACAUAAUGGAAUCUAGAGUUUACUUGGGGCAGGUUAGGAUUCAGUUACAAAAUGUAUUUGAUACUUUCACAUAAUCAUUAGCAUGGAACUGAUAGCUUUUAUUGGUGUAAGUUGUAUAUUUUUUGAAAUACGACCUUUGUAGUUCAUAGGUGUUUGUCCUCUACCUCCCUUGUCCAUUUCCUGUUGACUUGAGGUUAAAACAUUUCGGAGGGGAGAAUUAAGUUACACAUUUGGUUAAGAAUUAAAAAAAAAAAAAAUUGGUAAAUACAUACAGUAUUGAGUGUGUUCCCUAGUCUGUUGAUUAUUUCUUGCUAGAAAAUAUUUUACUUAGAAAUACAGUUAACAAUAGUUGAUCGCUAAAGUUUUAAAUGUGAUAAAUCAGAAAAGACCCUUGAGGUUUGGGCAACUGUCAAAAUGUAGUUAACUUUCAGUGUUAACUUUCUAUGGUUGUUACCUUAUAUAUUGAAGGCUGUCAGUGUUAUUAAGCACUUAAUGUGCUAAGCCAUAUGCUUUCCAGGUACUCCUAUUUAAUCCUAAAAAUGCUUCUGGGAAAUGGGUACUCUUCCUGUUUUACAGAAGAGAAAGUUGUCUUUUAUGGAAUGCCUACCCUGUGGUAGGCUUUUGCAUACACUAUUUCAUUCCUGAACUUGUAACAUAGUAGAUAACUUCUGGAUUAGAAUGACAUUAAGUCUCUCCCAAGAUCACAGCUUUUGCUUUUUUUUUUUUUUUUUUUGAUCACAGCCUCUUGUGGCUUAGAGCUUUCCAGAUUUUCAUGUUUAGAGACUUUUAACCAUGUGCCUGUUGGAAUGUCCUGAGAUUAUGAGAAGGCUGUGACUUGAGUAAUAGUUGGAAUAAUCUAAUGACAUUCUGUUAAUAGGAUCAUCAGCUUUCAGGAAUUCCAGGAGUGAAAUAUUCUCCCAGGGUAGUUGAUAGCUUGAUAAAUAGGUGAAGUAAGUAGCCUGUUUGUCUUUAGCUAUUGCUGCCUACAAGGCAUUCUGCUAGUCAUUAUGGAAAGGGCUUUCUCUUGGGUCCUCUCCUCUGCCUCAUCCUCUUAACAGUGUUAGUUAUCUUUAUAUUUGUGUAUCUGUAAAGCCAUUUCAUCAUUGUGUUAAAGAUGGAGAUUUUUUGGAAUAAAGUAUGAGGCAUGUAAAUUCAUUUCAUUGAUAAUUGACAGUUUGUAAAGACAUAAAAGGCCUUUGUAUCUAGGUUUUUGCAGAUCCCCUUUUAAAUGCUGGAGUGAAAUAAUAAACUGGUCUAGGAGCCAAAAAAA